GUUAUUAGGAAUUUCCUUCAGGCAUGUUGAAGGGAGCCCUGCGCUCAGCGGAGGGUGGUGUGUUGAUGUUGAUGUCAGCAUGCGAGUCGAGGGUCAGCCUGCUGGGACUUCCAUUGGGAUGACAGCUGAUCCCGCCGUGGCGUAGAGAACCAUCGACAUCGGAUUAACUGCAACGCGUGAGCCAAGUAAUGACAGGCGGGAGAAACGCCUGUUGCCCUCAUUUGAUGUUUGAUUUCUAAGAAACAUUGAACGUUAAUGGCAGAAGGGAAACGAGCGCGAGCAUCCGCUGGAAAGUUCCCUUGCCGUCGGUUUUUAGUUGAGGCUUUCUGCAACGCAGUCUAAUCGCUUUGAGGGCGUUUGUGAUCACACAGGUGAUGAGUGAACAUGGAGGCUGGAUCGGUGGUGCGUGCCGUGUUUGAGUUCCUUCCCAGUGUCUCUGAAGAACUCCCACUGUUCACUGGAGAUGUCAUUGAAGUGCUCAGCGUUGUUGAUGAAUUUUGGCUGCUCGGAAUUAAAGAUGGAGUCACAGGCCAGUUUCCCAGCACUUUUGUUGAACCUGUUACAAUCCCAAGCACCAAGACAGGAGAGAAUCUGUAUGUGUGCAUCAGUGACUUUAACUCUGUGGAUGCUGGAAACUUACCACUAAAGAGAGCAUAAAUCCUGCUUGCUCAGAGUGACGUAAUGUCA